AAUAUAUAUAGAGCAAUACUGGUACGAUUUUUCAGCCAGAUCAUUUAUUUCUUAAAAUAAAAAGAUAUAUUUCAUAAAAUAACUAUAUUUUAUCAUGCCUAUGCUUAAGGACCCCUCCCAAAAGUAUCAUAAGUUUCAACCUUUAAACUUACCUAACCGUCAAUGGCCAUCUAGAACCCUUGACAAACCACCAAGAUGGCUUUCCACUGAUCUUAGAGAUGGUAACCAAUCUCUUCCUGAUCCAAUGUCGGUGUCUGAAAAGAAGGAAUACUUCAAGAAAUUAGUGGAAGUUGGUUUCAAGGAGAUUGAAGUUGCCUUCCCAUCUGCAUCUCAAAUUGAUUUUGAUUUUACUCGCUUUGCCAUUGAAACUGCUCCAGAAGAUGUUUCCAUCCAAGUUCUUGCCCCAUGUCGUGAAGAUCAUAUUCGAAGAACCGUCGAAUCUCUUACUGGUGCCAAGAGAGCUACCGUACAUAUCUAUUUGGCCACCUCUGAUUGUUUCCGUGAAAUUGUUUUCGGUCUUACUCAACCAGAAGCCAAGGCACUUGCGGUGAAAUGUACUAAACUUGUCAGAUCUUUAACUAAGGAUGACCCUAAUCAACAAUCUACCAUUUGGGACUUUGAAUUCUCUCCAGAAACUUUCUCAGAUACCGAUCCAGACUACGCUUUAGAAGUAUGCGAAGCUGUCAAGGAAGCUUGGGCUCCUACAGACGACAGACCAAUCAUCUUCAACUUACCAGCCACCGUGGAAGUCUCUACUCCAAAUGUUUACGCCGAUCAAAUUGAAUACUUUUCUACUCAUAUUUCUGAACGUGAAAAGGUUUGUAUUUCUUUACAUCCCCACAAUGACAGAGGAUGUGCUGUGGCAGCUGCCGAAUUAGGUCAACUUGCUGGUGCUGAUAGAAUCGAAGGUUGUCUUUUCGGUAACGGUGAAAGAACCGGUAACGUUGAUUUGGUCAACUUGGCACUUAACUUGUACACUCAAGGUGUUUCCCCAGAAUUGGACUUUUCAGACAUUACAUCUGUGAUUGAUAUUGUCGAAAAAUGUAACAAGAUUCCAGUCCACCCAAGAGCUCCAUAUGGAGGUUCUUUGGUUGUUUGUGCCUUUUCUGGUUCGCAUCAAGAUGCCAUCAAGAAGGGAUUCAAUGUCCACGAAGAAAAGAAGAAGAAAGCCAAUGGAAAGAGUGUACGCUGGCAAUUACCGUACUUGCCUUUGGACCCAGAAGAUAUCGGUCGUACUUACGAGGCUAUCAUUCGUGUCAAUUCUCAAUCAGGUAAGGGUGGUUCCGCAUGGGUCAUCUUACGUAACUUGGAAUUAGACUUACCAAGAGGUUUACAAGUUGCCUUCUCCAAGGUUGUCCAGGAACAAGCCGAAGUUAAGGGACAGGAAUUAACAAAUGAAGAGUUGUGUGAAUUGUUCAAGGUUGAAUACUUUAUUGAUAAUGAACCUUCUAAGCAAAAGUAUGAAUUGAUCGAUUACUCUCUUUCCAACUCCAAGGGUGGUGCUAGAUCCAUCACCGUUGACUUGAAGGUUGGAGGUGUUGAACGUACUAUCGAAGGUUCCGGUAACGGUCCUAUUUCUGCAUUUGCCAAUGCCGUUUCCAAGGAAUUAGGUGUUGAGAUUGAUGUCAAGCAUUACCAUGAACAUUCCUUAGGUAAGGACUCCAACUCCCAAGCCGCCACCUACAUCGAAGCUUCUCACAAGAACAUCACCAGAUGGGGUGUUGGUAUCCAUGAGGAUGUUUCCCAAGCUUCUUUCUUGUCAUUAAUCUCCAUCUUGAAUGGAUUGGAUAGACAAAGUUAAAAUGUAUAUAAAAGCAACAAACGUGCCAAACACUACAAAUAAAAAUAAGAAUACAUAGUAUUAGAAACGCUCAAUAAAUCCAAUCAACAC